AAAAGCACAGAAUAUAUGGGAUUUAAAAGUUGCAAGUGGAUAUUAAACUCUUGUUUAUAAGUAAUGCUUAAUAAGAAGAAUAUAAUUAAAAAUAUCUAUCAGUAAGAAUAUGUUAAUAUUCAUAAAGUUGUUAUCAGAAUGAGAAUUGGCUGUGAUUUAUACAUCUUGAGUGUAAUAAUUUUUAUUUCUUUAAAUGGGGCAGGAAGCCCUAUAAAGUAGAAACCCAAUUUAGUGGUAGCUUCUAUUUCCCUUUCAUCCUGAAUACAGUGUCUACAUGGCUUAUGUCCAAGUUUUUAAUAGUGUGUUUGUGAUAUGUUAUGUUCCAAACAAAGAUUUCAAAGUAACAAUAAUAAAAGAAAUAUGUAAGACACAUCUAAGAAAUUAUCUGAAAACACCAAGUAAGGAAAAAGUCAAGGGAAUCUUGUCAAUCAAAGAAAUAAUGCAAUAUACUACAUAUCUGAAAUUUGUUUCAGCUGUCAUUUUGAGCUACAUUAAAAUGGUUGAAAAUAUGGAGCUCUUGACAUUGCUAUUAUAUUUUUAAGGGCAGUGAAGUGCAUUGCAGGUAUAUGAUAUAAGGAUUGGAUAUUCAUUCUGGGAAGUCCUAAUUUAUGGAUAAGACCUGAGAAAAAUCUAAUGGAUUGGGUACCUUACAUGAGGGAUUACUUGAAACAAUCUAAGAAGAAAAGAGGGUUUUCAUGAGUUGCCUUUUGUGGGAAAUGAAGUGACAUUCCUUCAUUUGCCUACACGGUAUUUUCACCCUGAGUGUCCUAUAAACUGUAGAGCAGGGAUAAUUUAUUUAGCCUGAGUAGGCUAAGACUGGCUAUGCUUCCAAAGUCACCACCAAGUUUUAGAACUUGUUACAGGAGUGUUUGAAAAGCAGGGAUAACUGAUGGUAAAUUUUUAUGGAGUAAUAAAUACCUUUACUCUGAGGUAUUAAUUGCCCAGCUCUUGCACAUGAAACUCUUAAGAUAUCUGUAAGCAACCAGUGUUUGAAUGAGAAUGAGAAAUGUAUUGAAUCCUCUAAUUCAGACCACAGAAUGGGCAUAGGUGUGAAAACAGUGUCAGUUUAAUAGCCUGGAUUCAGGAAAAUGUUACUAUACAAAACUUGAAAGCCUAAAGUAUGAAUAAAAACAUAAUUGACUAACUUUUGUAUAACAAAAGUUGGUGCGGUACAGUGAGUAGUACAUUAGAAUAGCUCAUCACAUGGUUUUGACUUUGGCCCCAGCUCAUGAUUUUGGGCGUCACUUAACACUAAAGGAAGAGUCUGAACUAGGUUUAUUCUUUCAAAAGGCCCUUUACUAGGUGUUCUUGGCUACACUUUCAAACCUUUGGACUCCUCACUGACCAAACAAUUAGGUUGAGCUAAAGACCAUUAUUUUGAUCACUUUUUCUCUUAAAGCAUUCCUUUCACGACAAAAUACUCUUUGUAGAUAUAGAAUUACAUAUCUACAAAACCAUAAGGGCUCCAAGUUUAUUUUGCCUAGCUCCUUCCCUUCCUAAAGAAGACAACUGAAGCUAGAGAAGUAGCUUCCAUCAGUUAGUAUUUCAAGACACCAAUCUCCUAUCUUGGAAGAUUCAAACCAUCACAUUUUACCUUUUAACGAACAGUGUGGAUAUACAGUAUUGGGAUUGAAUAUUGUAAUUUAUAACCUCUUAGAACUGUUUUGACAUAGCAAUCAAAUUACUGGAAGAUUUCAACUAAAAAAACCCAAAAAACAAAACAAAACCCCAAUAGACAUUAGUCUAUUAGUUUUGACAUAGCAAAUUAGUUUUGACAUAGCAACCAAAUUACUGGAAGAUUUCCACUUAAAAAACCCAGAAAACAAAACAAAACCCCAACAGAAUGCUAGUUUGGAGGACUCUUAAAGGUCAUGUCAACUGAAAGCAUAGAAGGCCACGUCAACCGAAAAAAUAGGAAUGGGUACUGAAGGACUUGAACACGUUUAAGAGAUUAAAUGCUUUACUGAAGUGUGAAGAGACUCCACAGUCUGGCGGGGACUUUUGCCCUACUUAAAAAUACAGCUAAGUUUAGAGUUCUCUGUGGAUGACAAGAGGAAUCUGUCAUUUUAGUAUCUUCUCCCCCAAGUCCUCCCACACCUACAAGGGUUCUUUGACGCUGAGCAUGCAGAACGCGCCGCAAGGCUGCUAUUCCCGAGUGCCCGCGUAACCAGCUCACUUGGGACGAGUUGUGAGCUGUGGCUGCAGCCUGCUGAUCCCGUUUCCUCCUGCUCUGGUCCGGGUUAGGGAGUGGCUCUCCCAGGACCUCCAAUGUUUUCGUGCUCGGGCACUGGCGUUCACAUGGCUUCAGUGCAUUGUUUCCUUCCAGGCAGUCUCGCUUAGCGCUUCAGUUUAGACAUUUAUUUUGCAUUCUGUGGUCUUGGGCUGCGUGUGCUCUCCUGUUUCUGCGCUCUCUCCACGCCCUUCCCAGUUUCCUGUUAGCCAAAGGGAUCGCUCUUUCUGAACGAAAAGUUCUCAGAGCGGAGUGGAACCUCCCGGAAAAUGCUCUUCUCUUCCGUGUGCGCCGGAUGGAGGUGGGGGUGGGCCAGAAACUAAACACCGCGGUCGGGAGAGCUGAAAGGACCCGAACCCCAAGGCAGAGGCGGGAGAGGGCGGUGCUGUGUCCCCGCAGGAAUCGGAGAGGAUGGCCGGGGCCGGAGGCCAGCACCACCCUCCGGGCGCCGCGGGAGGAGCGGCCGCCGGGGCCGGCGCCGCGGUCGCCCCCGCCGGUGCCUCGGCGGGGCCCGGAGACGAUUCUUCCGACAGCGAAGCGGAGCAAGAGGGACCCCAGAAACUGAUCCGCAAAGUGUCCACCUCGGGGCAGAUCCGGACCAAGACCAGUAUUAAAGAGGGACAGCUAUUGAAGCAAACCAGUUCUUUCCAGAGGUGGAAAAAGCGUUACUUCAAACUUCGAGGCCGUACACUUUAUUAUGCAAAGGACUCAAAGUCUCUGAUAUUUGAUGAAGUCGACCUCUCAGAUGCCAGUGUAGCUGAAGCAAGCACCAAAAAUGCUAACAACAGUUUCACGAUAAUCACUCCCUUCAGAAGACUAAUGCUGUGCGCUGAGAACAGGAAGGAAAUGGAGGAUUGGAUGAGCUCACUGAAGUCUGUCCAGACCAGAGAGCCUUACGAGGUGGCCCAGUUUAACGUGGAACAUUUCUCAGGGAUGCAUAACUGGUACGCUUGCUCCCAUGCCCGACCCACUUUCUGUAACGUGUGCAGAGAGAGUCUUUCUGGAGUCACCUCCCACGGCCUGUCCUGCGAAGUGUGUAAAUUCAAGGCUCACAAAAGAUGUGCAGUGAGGGCAACAAAUAAUUGCAAAUGGACGACUCUGGCCUCCAUUGGGAAGGACAUCAUAGAGGACGAAGACGGAGUAGCUAUGCCUCACCAAUGGCUAGAGGGUAACUUGCCCGUGAGUGCCAAAUGUGCUGUCUGUGACAAAACAUGCGGGAGUGUUCUGCGUCUACAAGAUUGGAAAUGCCUUUGGUGUAAGACAAUGGUACACACUGCCUGCAAAGAUUUAUACCAUCCUGUGUGUCCCCUUGGCCAGUGUAAAGUGUCUGUCAUACCUCCAAUUGCACUGAACAGCACCGAUUCUGAUGGUUUCUGUAGAGCGACAUUUUCAUUCUGUGUUAGUCCUCUAUUGGUUUUUGUCAAUUCUAAGAGUGGAGAUAAUCAGGGAGUAAAGUUCCUUCGUCGAUUUAAACAGUUGCUAAAUCCGGCUCAGGUGUUUGAUUUAAUGAACGGAGGUCCUCAUUUAGGUUUAAGAUUAUUCCAGAAGUUUGACAACUUUCGAAUUCUUGUUUGUGGAGGAGAUGGAAGUGUAGGUUGGGUUUUGUCAGAAAUUGAUAAGCUCAACUUGAAUAAACAGUGUCAGCUGGGAGUAUUGCCCUUGGGUACAGGAAAUGACCUUGCCCGAGUUCUGGGCUGGGGAGGUUCAUACGAUGACGACACCCAACUUCCUCAGAUACUAGAGAAGCUGGAACGAGCCAGUACCAAAAUGCUAGACAGGUGGAGUAUAAUGACCUAUGAACUCAAGUUGCCUCCAAAAGCUUCUCUACUUCCAGAACCUCCAGAAGCAUCCGAAGAAUUUUAUAUGACAAUUUAUGAGGACUCAGUUGCAGCUCAUCUUACAAAAAUCCUCAAUUCUGAUGAACAUGCCGUGGUCAUAUCAUCUGCCAAGAUCCUAUGUGAAACUGUAAAGGACUUUGUUGCCAAAGUAGAGAAGGCAUACGAAAAAACGUUGGAAAAUGCUGUUGCAGCUGAUGCUGUGGCCAAUAAAUGUUCAGUCCUAAAUGAAAAGCUUGAACAACUGCUUCAAGCUUUGCACACAGAUUCCCAGGCUGCCCCCGUUCUCCCAGGCAUCAGCUCUCUCAUUGUAGAAGAAGAUACCGUGGAAUCUUCCAGUGAAGAAUCUUUGUGUGAAAACAAAGAACAACUCACCGAUGACCCUGCAAAACCUUCCUCCCAGAAAGCUGUGAGACCAAACGAAAUAAUGUUGCGGGCAAACAGUUUAAAGAAAGCAGUGAGGCAAGUCAUUGAAGAAGCCGGCAAAGUUCUGGAUGAACAGAGUGUUCACCCUUGUGAACCAGUUAGCCAGUCAUUCGAUAAUGAUAGCACAGAAACAGAUGAAUCUAAAGAAGAAUCUAAAGAUGAUGGUGCAAAAGAGCCUUCAACUGUUAAAACUGCACCUGCACCUCGGUCUCCAGAUGGCCGGGCAAGUCGUUCCCAAACUGACUCUGGCCCUGGUCCAGCUGUGGCAACCAGCAAAGAAAACCUGCCUGUGCUCAACACCAGAAUAAUCUGCCCAGGUUUAAGAGCAGGAUUAGCUGCCUCAAUUGCUGGGAGUUCUAUUAUCAACAAAAUGUUACUGGCAAAUAUUGAUCCUUUUGGUGCAACGCCAUUUAUUGACCCAGAUCCAGAUUCCGUAGAUGGAUAUUCAGAAAAAUGUGUCAUGAACAAUUACUUUGGGAUUGGAUUAGACGCAAAAAUUUCAUUAGAAUUUAAUAAUAAGAGAGAAGAACACCCUGAAAAAUGCAGGAGCCGAACUAAAAAUUUGAUGUGGUAUGGAGUCCUCGGAACCCGGGAGUUAUUACAAAGGUCGUAUAAGAAUUUAGAACAGAGAGUUCAACUUGAGUGUGAUGGGCAGUAUAUCCCUCUCCCCAGUCUGCAAGGAAUAGCAGUGUUGAACAUUCCCAGCUAUGCCGGAGGCACCAACUUUUGGGGUGGAACUAAAGAAGAUGAUAUAUUUGCUGCACCAUCAUUUGAUGACAAGAUCCUGGAAGUCGUUGCAAUAUUUGAUAGCAUGCAAAUGGCAGUUUCCAGGGUCAUUAAACUGCAGCAUCAUCGAAUAGCCCAGUGCCGUACAGUAAAAAUCACUAUAUUUGGUGAUGAGGGAGUCCCAGUGCAGGUAGAUGGCGAAGCAUGGGUUCAGCCUCCAGGGAUUAUCAAAAUUGUGCACAAAAACAGAGCUCAGAUGCUAACAAGGGACAGGGCUUUUGAAAGCACUCUAAAAUCUUGGGAAGAUAAACAGAAGUGUGAUUCCGGUAAACCAGUUCUUCGAACCCAUUUGUACAUCCAGCAUGCCGUUGACUUGGCAACAGAGGAGGUAUCCCAGAUGCAGCUAUGCUCCCAGGCGGCAGAGGAGCUCAUCACUAGGAUCUGUGACGCAGCCACCAUCCAUUGUCUUUUGGAACAAGAACUGGCCCACGCUGUGAAUGCGUGUUCCCACGCACUGAAUAAAGCCAACCCGCGGUUCCCAGAGAGUCUUACGAGAGACACUGCCACUGAAAUAGCCAUCAAUGUGAAGGCACUGUAUAAUGAAACAGAAUCUUUACUAGUUGGCAGGGUUCCUUUGCACUUAGAAUCCCCACAUGAAGAGCGGGUAUCUAAUGCCUUACAUUCUGUGGAGGUGGAGUUGCAGAAGUUAACAGAGAUUCCUUGGCUUUAUUAUAUCUUACAUCCAAACGAAGAUGAGGAACCCCCCAUGGAUUGCACCAAGAGAAACAGCAGAAGCACAGUAUUUCGUAUAGUGCCAAAAUUUAAAAAGGAAAAGGUUCAGAAACAGAAGACAGGUUCACAGCCUGUUCAAAAAUGGGGCACAGAGGAAGUUGCUGCUUGGCUGGAUCUGCUCAGUUUGGGAGAGUACAAAGAAAUCUUCAUCCGUCAUGACAUCAGAGGGGCUGAACUUUUGCAUCUGGAAAGGCGAGAUCUUAAGGACCUGGGGAUAACGAAAGUGGGCCAUAUGAAGCGAAUUCUCCAGGGAAUUAAAGAGCUUGGAAGGAGCACUCCCCAGUCUGAGGUGUAAUCACAUUGGUGCUAUUCCUUGGAAGGGAAGUAAUUGCUACUUAAUACAAAGCUCUUGGAAGCAGUUGUCUGUUUCUGUAGUCUUCUGCCUAGAAAAGUAAGCACCACUGAGCACCUCUGUGGCUUGAUAUUUUGCUGUGGGUGAAAAUUUUGAUUUGAGGUAUUAGAAAAUAUUUUCGUGCCAAAAAAAUACAUUCCACAAAGCCAUUUCCUUAUUGUGCAAACUUGACAUGUUAAAAUAUGCUCAUAUAAGUAAGAAGGUAGGAGGAAUCUGAGACAAUUGCAUUGUCUAAAAGAUGGAAAUGUUUACUUUCCUUAAACCUGGUCAGAUGGAAUGUUCUUACUCUGUGACUGCAUAACAAUAUGUGGCUAAAACUCUUAGGUUUCACUAUUGGAGGCAUUGGCUUCUUCCUUAAAAUAGUUGGUUAGGAGAUUAAGAUGUAAAUUAAGCUGUGUUUUGAAUGUUAGAUGGGUAUCGCCUCACUUUGCUAGCAUUCAGUGGUCAUAGAAUGUGGUUAAAACCCCUCAAAUAUUAUGAAUGAAUGCAAAUCUUAAUGCACGACAUUCCUGCCUGAAUUGUCUUUCUUUUUCUUGCAUGUCACAUGUAAUAUCUUAAAACUUGGCUUCCAUGUCCGUUUUAAUGUAAUUUAAUUUAUUACUGCCUCAGUACCUUUUUGUUGGUUAAAGGCACUUUUCUGUUCUUUGAUGUGGGAUUCUGGAUAAAUAUUCUGUAUCUGAGAAUUUGUGAACACGUGUCUGUGCCAUAAUCAACAAAUGAUACACAUUUUUUGCAAGCCAAUUUUAUGUCACUCUAUUAUCAACACUAGGUAUGCACAGUAGGAAAAUUUUCUGGAUAUUUUCAUAAAAGUAUGUGUUCUAUUGCCGAACAAAACUUGUUAUAGCUUCCCAAACCCAAAAUUCCCACAUUUUGUUCUUAUCUUAGGUUUUAAUUUAGUGUUUAUUCAAUACUCUGUUUGUAUUUAUAAUAUAGUGGGCUGUUGACAUCCAGUUUUCUGAAGGUCUCAGCUGGGGUUUGUAUACUGAUCGUAUGCCGAUUGGUCACCCAGACUUAUCCACUAGCUAGAGUGACUACUGACACAACUUCCCAACAAGAGAUUUACAUUUUUUCUUAAGGGCUUUUAUCUCAUCUCAUUCUUAUACCAUUAUUACUAUUAUCUCACCUAAUUCUUAUAUCAGGCAGGUAUUAUUUUCUUGUUUCUAAACCACUCUACUUCAGUGUAGCUCAGUAGGAGUCAACAUUACAAUUAUCAAGUCUUUGAAAGCCAAAGGCAUACGUGUUAAAAAGUCACCAAAAUAUCCUCAGACCAUCUUUCUUUAGGCGUUAUGUACCAAAAAUUAAUUGUAAUAUUUCAAAAUCUCCUAUAUAAGAGAAGUAAACAGGGUAUUGACCCAGUGGUAACAAUUUUCAUGAAGUAGCCUUCUAAGCAGGUGCUCUGUAGAUACAAAUACACACACAUACACAUAUACACAUAUAUGUGUCUAUACACAUAUACCGUGUUUGUAUAUUCAUGCUUAACACACAUAAUCUUGAAAUGUACUCUCACUGAUAUUUUCUAGACAAUUAUUUGCCAAAUGCUUAAUGAGAAAUAUUAACGGGAAGGCACUUAAAAUGAACUAUUGUCAGACAUAAUUUAAUUGUAUCAAAGAAGUUUAAAACAUUUGACACUUUAUUCUUAUUUAUACCUUGCAUAUUUACUAGUAAAAUCACAAAAUUAAGACAUCUUAGAAGUAAAUGAGCCUGAUGGGUUCCUGACCAAAUAUGUCUGACUAUAUAUUCUACCUGUCUAAGUUGUGAAUAAAUAGAAAAUUUUCAAAGGAAAUUAUAUCAAGUAGCAUGAAAGAGUAAAAAACCACUCACUUAGUAAGUGUAUUGUUACCCUCAGCUAUGAAACCAAAGGGCUUCUCUUCCAGUCCCUUGAUAAUCCGCACCCCUUGUCCCCUGCAAGUUGUCACGCUCUCUUCCAGGCACUUCCCUGUGAAAUUAAAAUAGAGAUGGCAGAGUCUCGGAAUUCUGCUGAGGUCACAGAUACCUGUCCAGCUCUACCAAAAAGGGAAAUGUAGGUGCAGAGAGGCGUGGGACUCACCAAUGAAUUUUGGGUUGAUUUUCACUCACCCAAAAUACCCCUUUGCCAAUAGAAGAGAUUUAAGCUAUUACAUGUUCAGAAUUUGAGAGUAAGAUGUAAAUGAUUAAUUUUUUUUUGGCUGAUGUUGAUCUUUUUACUCUUAGGUAAUAACUCUUUAUGUUGUAAAACCUUAGUUAAUAGACUCUUAACUAGAGUUUUCCUGCAGAUGGCUUUGGAUGAGGAAAAUCCUUUAAAAUGACAAUUUCAGUAUCUUUUUUUUUUUUUUUUUUUGUCGUUAAAUUAGAGCAAUCUUUCCUGUAUGCUUUGUCUAUGCAUGGCUGUGUAGGACCCACAAGAUUUUGCCCACACCUGUUUGCCAAGAUGGUAUCCUCAGAGCCUCCUUAGGCCCCUGUCAGCCUCACAGAGGAGUCAGCUUCUUACAGUAGAUGGAGCUACAAAUAGAAAGUAGAAAGAGCUUCUCUCUGGGAGGUGAUCCCAGCUCAGGGGAGUGCAGUUGUGGCCUCUGUACCCUGAUCCAUUCAGAAGCUGAGGUGAGAAGCUUAAGCCUACUCUUGACUGUCAGCUGUAACUGUACUGUUCCUCCCCGCUAUGCUCUCCCACACCUGGAUAAUUUGGGAGAGGUGAAGGGGAAUCACAGCCAGCAUCCAUUUCCUUCAAGUCUUAUUUCCGUGAGGAAGAACUUGCCUUUUUUUUUUUUAAGAUUUUAUUUUUAAGUAAUCUCCCUACGCAACAUGGGCCUUGACUCACAACCCCGAGACCGAGUCACAUGCUACGGUGACUGAGCCAGACAGGCAUUCCAAAACUUGCUUUUCAAGAAGGAAAGGGACAGGGUCAGGCCUAAGUAAAAUUUCAAAGGACUCAAUUCUUCCCUUCAGUGUUAUUCCACCUCCCUUUCUGAGUUUCCUUGCCAGCUUUUGGCCUCCCAUUUCCCACAUGCCCAAUGCAGUGACGGUUGCUCAGAUUCUCACUACUCUUUGUUACCCUUUCCUCAUCAACUUCCAUACUACAGAAUGACUGCUUUCACCUCUCCCGGCUUGAGUGCCUGUUGCGGAUCCUCUGAACAAAGUGCUAGGAAGAAAACAAUUUAAAGAAAACUAAUUUUACAGUUCACAUUUUAAAAAAGGAAACUCGCUAAUCUAAAUGAACGGAUGGGUUAGAUGAUUUCGGGACCGUGAUAUAGAUUGCUCUGGCUGAGAAGAGAUGACCUGUGAAUGUCGAGACCCUUGCUGUCCAGUAUUAUAGGCACUAGCCACAUGUGGCUGUUUAAAUUUACAUUAAUUUAAUUAGAAAGUUAAUUUCUCCAUUGCACCAGCCACGUUUCAGGUGCGCAGUAACUACAAUAGACAGUGCAGGUGUUAAACAUUUCCAUCAUUGCAAAAAUCGUACUGGCCAACACUGGUCUAGAUCAUUGCUACUCAAACGUGGUUCCUGGGCCAGCAGCAUCCAUGCCACCUGGGAGCUUAUAGAAAUGCAGAAUUUCAGGUCCCCUCCAGACCUACUGAAUUUCAAUCUUCUUUGUAAACAAGAUUUGGUGGUGGUUAGCACUGGCCUAGCCACAUUUUAUCGCUCCCAGAUAUUAAGGAUCCGAAUGCUUCAAAAAGCCCUCGAAUAGCUCACUCCCCAACCCACUACUUCCUAGAAAUCCCAGAAAGGAGCUUUAGCUCAUUCAUCACCUUUGCUAAGUUUUCUUCUGAAUGCUUAUUCCUAAUUCUGGUUCUAGAUAAACCCUGCCUACCCAGGAGUUGUAUUUGGGUAGCUAAGAUAGAAAGGGGAUGGGCUGGCGGGCGUAACUGGCCUCUCUCCAGCUCCCCACCUCGUGUUGAAGUCACUAACAAUCUACGUUUGCUCAGUUUCUUGCUAAUGUCACAUUCUCAUUUGUUCACAACUUAAGUCACAGGGAACAUUUCAGAAGAAUAUGUAAGGAGAUAAGUAAAGACCAGGUCAGUCUCCUACAGCUCAUACAUUUCACUUUCUCUUAUCAGCAGAUUAUCCUGUUGACGUAGUUCAUGCUUCAGGAUACAAACAGCACACACACAUUAAAUGAACCAGUAAGCAUGGAAAAAAAAAAAAAAAAGAGUCAAAAUGAUUCCAAGUAAAGUGGAUGUGUCAUUAAAGCUCUUGGGAAGGUGUGUUUUGCUGGACUUUUUUUUUUUAAUGCUAAUUUAUCUUGAUUUUCAGACAGUUAAUAAUUCCUUAAAAUAGUACCUGAGAUAUAUUUUGAUCCUCAAAAUACAAAUUAUUUUAUUCUGUAAUAAGACCUUUCCCAAUGAUAUAUUGUCAGUAAUCCUUCACUUAAUAAUUUUUACAUAUUGAUAUCAUUUACCAAAACAUUACUGGCUACAGAUUCUUUAGCUAAUUUUAAUGAAUAAAGAGGGCACCACUUGAGUCUUGAUAGAAGUUAUUUUUAACAGGCAUCAAGAAAGAAAAUAUUCAUGCAAAGCUAUGACUUAGAAAAUUACAGCGGAAACUUAUAUAUACAUCAUUUCUAAAGUAUAUUAUCUGUUAUUUCUGACUGAACUGACAACACAGUGGACUCUCAUGUUCUACACAUGUGAAUCCUACAAGGAUAUAGUUUUUCACUAAAGUUCCUUAAAUGUUACCUCUCUCAACCUUGACAUUUAGGAUCUCUCCUGCCCUCUUCCUGCCAAAGGAACUCAUCCUGCAUUUUUCAGAUGCAAGUUGGGUAAAACCAUGGGUUCAGAGUUUGAUAAUAACACAAGUGGCAGUUUUAAAACACCAAGCUUUUAAAGUCAGUUGGAAAGAGUGAAAAGUGAAGAUUCCUCAAAUACUAACUAUUGGUCAAUGGAAUAACCUCUCUGGGCAGUUCCCACAGCACUCGGUAGCCUCACCUCUCUCCCUCUGGCUUCCCCUUGCCGAGGGCCAUGGGGCCUGGGACCCGUCUCUGCUAUGGCAUCUCCCAGGUGACUUUUGUGUAGCAAUCUCUGUGUCAGAUGAGUAACACAAUGCCUUUGCAAUCGGAUGCCUUCUUAAAGAAACACGCAAAACUUUAAAAAGGCAAAGAUUAUUGGUUUUUAUAAUACCCAAAGGAUUCUUUACCUUUAUUAUUGUUCCUCUUUGUUAUUGUCUCCAGAUUUUGUUUUGAGAUAUUUCUGUUAGAAGAAAAAACUGUAAAUGUUUAUCAUUACAGAGAACAGAGAGAUAAAAGACAGCUGGACUGUACCUAUUUGUAUACUUCUUUCUGUUAUUUUCGGGAAAAUAACUUUAACAGUAACUGAGACUUCGUUAAACUCAGUAACAAUGUUUAAGAUAAAGACCCAUAUUACUACUGUAGAUGGACAGAUUGAUUCCCCUUAUGUAACUAAUAUCUUCUAUUUACAUAUAUUUAUAUCUUCUCUCUUAAUUUCUUAUGCACAUCCAAGUUUAAGUUGGAAAAAUAGAAACCAAGCCACUACGUAAAAGCUAUAAAAACUCCACCUAAAAUAUUUCAUUUUAGCUACAAGUUAUUCAUUGUAUAGGAAUUUAUAAAUAGCCUGGGUAUUUCAUAGGAACUGCAUUUCAAGAGUAAAUUAACCGUACCUAAAAGAACAUAGGGAUACUUUUAAAAUGCAUUAAGAUAAGUUUCAUAUUCCAUUGAUGAUGCUAUUGAAGUAGGAUAAUGCAGUUAGAUAAACAAGCUAAAAAGAAAAAGAAUAUAUUUUGUGUUCCUUACUGUUUGCACUAUUGUUUACCACAGGUUAGCCAUAUCUAUUUGUAUAUUCUAAGUAUUAAGCUGAUAUGUAGCUAAAGAUUUCUUACAGUUCUGGUAACUGGUAACUAGUGCUGUGAAAGGUUUUGGUAUUGUAACAUUCCCAGUUUUGUGAGUUAUAUAUUGUAUAUUGAAGAUGAUUAAUAAAUUGGAGUAAUAUAUUUAUCUAGAGCUGGGAAGAUAUGAUAAUUAUUUUCAAAUCUUCACGUAAGUUGUAUCAAAUUUGUUUCUUCCUCUUAAGUGAGAUAAAAGUCUCACUUUUGUGUUAAAAUGUCUAUUUAUACAACAGGUUUCUCCUUUUACUGGUUUUAUUAAUUUUCAUAUUAAAAUUUUUCUUAUCUUUUGAUACCAAAAUAAUUAUCCUGCUGGUUAUUCAAACUGCCAAGAUGUAUUUUAGUUUGCAGGAAUUUUGGCAGACAAAAUAUUUAAUAACAAACCAGCUUUGUAUAUUUUGUGGCUUUGGAGGUGAGAAUUCUACCUUUGAAUCUCUGUGUGAGGCAGUGCUCAUAUCAACAAACUGAAUAAUAAGACAGUAUUACUUGUGAUCAUCAGUAGAAGGUUUUCUCAAGUUGUAUAAAUCAGUGCAUUUAUUUAUUAUGUUGUGAAAUUUAAUCUUUAUACAAAAUGCAUAUUCUAGCUCUUUUCUUUGUUACUGCUGUGGCUUAGGGUAUAAUAGCUCUGUUAACGAUUUACUUACGUACUUGAAGUACUCAUUUCUGUCAAACAGAUGCCCAGUUUUUUUUCCUUCUUAAAAAAAUGGUAUUUUUUUGUUUUUACCAUCAUAGGUAACUGAAUAGUAAUAGGGACUUUGUUAAAAAAUAAUUUGCAUAUUUAAAAUACAUAUAGAAAAAAGGCAUAAAGCCAAAAUAAAAUCACCAAUAUUAAGAAUUUAAUGUAACCAAGGGAUUCACUGUGCUAGAUUUUGCCAAUAUAUAUUUUAUCUUCAAGUCAGAACUUCUGUGAUAAACUUUCCAUUUUUCUUUUAAAAGAGAGAGAGCUCUGUGAUUGUAUGCCAAUAUAACACUAAACUGAACAUUGAAAUUCUCAAACCCCAAAAAUACCGCGUACUUCAAGGGGCCAGCUUUAGAUUCCAGGGUGAAUAUUUUUAAACACGUGUUUGCAUUUGACUCUUGUCUACUUUACAAAUAGUAACCAUGAUGGUUAAUGCUUUAUUUGUUUCUGUCAAUUAAGUUAGUGAGGCUUGAAUUGAGUUUUGAGUUAUUUUUGUUUUAAAAAAGUAUUCUCUGUUCAACUCUUUAAAAAGCUAGAAAUUGAAAACAUAAGGGCAUAACCUACCAACCAGAAUAAAAUCACAUGUUCUGACUUAAGGUGAGGCAAUGUUGCAUACCAAAGAAAACAAUUUAACUAGCCCUAAAUUCAACCAUUUUAUUGUUUUACAGUGUGAGCAAUAGGUGAAUUGUGAACUAUUUAAGAACAAUAGUAGGAGAUUAAGAAUUUACUAUAAUUUUAAAGAUACGGAGUUUUAUAUUAAUUUUACUGUUGUAUAAGCAAUGAUUAAAGGCAGAAGAAAACAUAUGAGAAACAUUAUAUGGAAAUAUGGAAACAUUAUAAAGGAAAAUGGAGCUUGAGCUGGAUAUUUGCCAAAGAUUUGGAAAUGAAUAGUUUGAACAUAGAUAUCUUUCACCUUGUACGGUAGAAACACAGAACAUGUGUUCCAUGUCUAGUAGGCACAAUACCACAAAACCCAAAAUAGUUACACCGAUGAUGUCUGAGACUGUAUCUGUAUGUUACCAAAAUAGCCAAUGAAUUCAGGGAGCUCAUCCCACUGUUGCAAUUUAGAAGUCAUUUAGGCAGGUAGUUUGGAUGACCUCAUCAUUUGUGUUUAUUACAAAGCAAAUGUCUGUGCUUUGUCAACUUUGUGAUUGACAGAAGGAGAAUGAGUCAGAAGGACUUAGCUAGUUCCUAUUGAAUAUUUGUAAAUGUGGAUCAGACCAUACCACACAAGUUGAAGAGAUUUUCAUGAACUUGCUAAGCCUUGAGAUUUGUUAGCAGUGAUAGAUUUUCCUUUUACUUGAAACAACAAAAGAUUAUUAGAAUUUACAAUAUUAUAAAUAGCUGAAUUAUAUGAUUCUGCAGAUGGAUAUAUGGUUUAGAUUUAGGUGGUUCUGUAACUGACUCUGGCACUGGCUCACUAUGCCUUUUCUACAAACUAUGUAUGUUUUGGUGUUGCAGUUUUCCCAAUGAGACAUAGCACUCAAAAUGAUCAAUUAUAAGUACUUGGUAAUUCUUCUUUUACCGAAGAAAUGAUGUAAGUGUGAAUCAUACUUAAAUUUACCAGUUGUUUUUUCUUAAGUGUAUUUGUUUUGAGAGCACAGAGACAGUGAGUGGGAGAGGGGCAGACAUCUGAAACAGGCUCCACUCUGACAGCAGAGAGCCUGAUGAGGGGCUUCAGCUCCCAAGCUGCGAGAUCAGGACCCGAGCCGGUCAGACGCUCAACCGACUGAGCCCUUCAGGAGCCCCUUAAAUUUACCAGUUCUUUCCCACUGUCAUUUGAUAUACAAAGAAAGACUUCCAAAACUAUAGCAUGAAGAUUACAAGUCCAGAUUAAUAUCCCUGAUGUUGCAUUUGAAAUGAAAGUGAAGUUACAUUAAUCCUCCAGAGUAGGGGAUUGGUAUUUUCACCUGUUUACUACAGGUUCAUAUUAUUCAUUUAAAGGCAGGCUAAACUCUCAUUUCUAAAAUCUUCAGAAAUUCAGAUUCAUUUUGUUUUUUCUACAUUCACCGCAAACAACCAUUAUAUAGUAGCAGAUUGGUUGAUUUUUUCUUUUUAAUUAAGACCUUCAUGUCUUUUCUUAGAUUAACACCCAAAAGAGAAAAAUGUCACUUUAAAUCAGUGGUUACAAAAAUGAAAUACGGGACUUACUUGUUUCAUGCUGUGACAUCGCUUGCUCUCUGUACUAAAUGAAUUCUGAAUGGUUUUCUUGCUGUUUGAUCUGAAGCAUGGAUCGUUAGCUACAUUUCCUGGCUGUGGAAUGGUACUCCCUCACAAAAAGUCCUGCAAAACUUCCUGUAAAGAAACUAAACUGGAGAUUAUUUUAAUUAUUGCCAUAAUGGAAAUCUGAGUACAAUUUAGGGGAAAAAAUUCAAAUAACCAUGUUAAAAUCAUUAAAUAUCGAUGAAGGUAAGGGAAUAUUGCCUUCUAUUUUUACCUAACAUUUGAAUUCAGUCACUAACUGAUAACUUAAAAAGUUUGUCCUGAAUAUAGCAUAAUAUGAUAACUUGAAAGUCCUGUUACAUCCCCUUCCCCUAAAAAUGUUGAAAUUAUAAGAGGCUGUAAACUGGAUGAUAUAGAGAAAAGACCAAAGCAGAACUCGUUUGCAUGUGAUUUGGAUCUGUCUUAAUGACACAGCCUAGUUUUCAUGACGACGGGUCUCUAAACAAUUCCAGAAUGAUUUGGUAGAGUGACGGGAAGAAAUUAUUUUUCUGGGUAUUUGUGUCUCACAAUGACCUGAUAUACAGACGGCCCUAGUAUAAUUAACAUUAAUUAUAACUUCUGUUAGAACCUACCCUGUUUACAAAUCUGUUGUGCAACGAUUUUUUAAUAUACAUAAUGAUGAAUGAAUUGCGAACUUGGACAGUUCUUUUGUUUCCUCUCCUUCUUUGACUUGAAAAGCUUUCAAAAAGCUUUUGAGAUGACAUAAUUUUCAUAGCAACGUGAUGUGACUGCCUGCUUCUGCCAAGAAACUCCUGAACUAAAAUAUGGAACAAAACAAGUGCUUAACCCCAAUCUUGUUUUUGGAUUGUGUUUGCAAAAGCGUUUCAUGUAGCAAAGUUUUCUCAGUAUUUAUGCAGUUGCAUAUUUCAUUUUUUGUCCGUCUCAAAAGUUGCAUUGGUGUUUUAUGUUCCAUUUCUAAUUAUAUGCAGUAAAGUGAUAAUUCCAUUGCCGUAGUUCAGCCCUCUGCCGAUACAGACCUUCGUGAUUUUUCUCUCCUGUGCUUUUGCCGUAGUUUUUCAGCGACCGGUGUUCCUACGUACAUUGUUUCCUACCUCUAGUUCAUCUUCCACAUGGUUGAACGGAGUGGGAGUGGUCUUUCUGAAAUGCAUUUUCUUUGUCAUUCCUUUGCAACAAUUUUUUUUUUUUUUUUUUUUGGAGCCUAGCAACCUAACCCCUUAGUGUGAUAGAUAAGGGUCUCUAUGGCUUUGCCUCUUCCCAUCCUCAGCCACCAUUUCCUCUAGAGGCCUUUUGUAAUUUAUUGCCUUAGCAUAAUCACUUGCUAGAGAUCAACUCAUUCAAAACUCGGUUCAUAUUUAACUUUCCGUGGAGCUCUACCUGACUUCCCAAAGUUAAGUAUUUCAUUCAUGUUGCAUAGCAUCUUGAAACUUUCUCUGUUAAAAUAACAUCACAUUUCAGUAAUUUCAUGUGUGUGUGUGUGUGUGUGUGCGCCUGCCUUUCCUCCCCCUACCAAAUUUCUCCAUCUUUGUAACAGUCUCAGUGUGAAGCUACCAUAUAAUAAGACUUCAAUAAAUGUUUUUGAAAGAAUGAAGGUCCUAUGGAACCCAAACUUCUCUAUAAUUUUAUACUUUCACAAAUGCAAGCUUAGACUUCCCUGAGCCACAUGAGGGAUGUGUGUAUUCAUGAGCAGGUGAGCAUGUGUGCACUCUGGGCACACGUGCCAACAGGAGAUAAACAUCAAGGAAGAGAGAUUGUUUCGAAAAGGAUAAUCAUUUGUUAGUUUUUCGUCGGAAGUGUUUACCAAAUCUGACCAAACCUGAAUUCUUGUUUCUAAAAACGAGGCUUACAAAAUUUUCAAAUCGCUGUCAAAUUCUUGUUUGGAAUUCAUGCGUAUGCCCUAAAGACCACCUUGCUGUUUUGCAGACACAUUUAGUGUCUACAGUCUAUAUAAACACAUGCACUGAUCACCUAGACAAAAUAAGGAAGGAUAUUUGGGAAAGAAUCAGAACUAAUAAUGAAGGUGAAAGUUUCUCAAAAGUAAUAGCCAACCAGAGAUCUAGGCUGAAUUGGUGUGAUUUCAGGUCAUUUAUAGCUAAGGAUUAUUUCAUUUUUUAUGAUGCAAAUGUAAGAUGGCUUGUUUGUGCCUGUUGUCCCCCCCUUCUAGAACAUAAAGACUAAAAUCUAUUACCUAAGCGUUUGUUUUGUUCUUUUCUGAUUCUAUAAAACACUUCAGCCAUGUCCCCAAAUCGUGAUAGAGGUCAACACAAAAAUUCUUUACAGUUAAUAAUUCCUAAAGUUAAAUAGUAAUCAAAAAUGCAUGUAAUUAAAUUAAAUGCCCUCUUCCUUUGCUCAUGUAAGAGACAUUUUUCCACCUGCUCUGUACGGGGCACUUGAUUAGAUGCUGGUUGUACAAUAAAAUAGUCUGUCUUCAGAAUUAUUUUCUAUAGUCUGAGAAAUUGGGGGGACACAGUUUAAACCAAAUGUUCCUCAGGUUAUUUUAGAAUAAUCUCAUUCCACCCAAAAAAACAAACUUUGCGUCAUGAAGAAUUAAUCCCAUUUUUAUGUCCAGUUUUUGCACUUUCAGAUCAGCCAUAAAUACUUUUUCACCAUCACUCGUCAAGUAUAUGUUUCAUCAAUCCCGUAGAACCCCAUCUCUGUAGGUGCUAUGUGUGGUCCAAGUGGCUAAUAGAUUUCUAGAACAUGAAUUCAAUUUCAAGUCCAUUUUAGAAAGGCAUAUAUCCCUAUUAAUGCCAUACACCAAAAUAUAUGAGGUAUGGCUGUAAACCCACAGCAGAAGGAAAAAAAUUAUAAAGUAAUGCUUUCUAGUAUAGUUCAAAGACUCCGUUUGAAGUUAAUGGGUUGAUAUUUCCACCUCAAUUAUUUUUAAUUUUUAAUGGGGAGUAGAGAGUAAUAAUAUUUAACAGGUAGCAUACUUAUCUGAGCAUAUAGUAAAUAUACUACAAGUAUUUGUAUGCCACAAGGCACUGAUAUUGAUGAAAGAAAGCAAAAAUAUUUGACUUAUAAAAAAUUAACUUCUCUGCAUAUUUAUUGAUGGUUAGGCAAUAGGGUUCCUUUAUGAGAAGGAAAAAAAAUAUAUUGUCAGUAAGUAUGGGAAAAACCUUAAGUGUGUGUAUUUUUACCUUUUGAUAGGCAUAUUUUGAAGUCAUUCUUUCCCAUCAAUAUAAAUAAAGUAUCAACCAUUUCUUCGUUCUCUAGGAAAAGAAAUUUUUAGUUUGAUACAAUUUUACUCUUUGUUCGAUACUGUAAAAGGUCCACAAAAGGAGGAGGCUUGACUGGACACUUAAUUUACCUUCCCAUAAAGAUAAUCAUAAUUAUUUGCCUCCUGUUUAUUAUCAUGUUGAAAACCUGACAGUGUAGCUCCUUUUGUCCCUCACAUUGCAAAAGAUAGUUUUACUCUAGCCUUUGCCAUAUUAUUUAUAGUUAAGAAUUUACUACAUUUUGGUAGUCUGUUUUGAAACUUUUACUUGUAUCUGAAAGAUGCAGAUCAUGUCUAUUUAUUAUUACACAAUGGGCUCUGUUUGCUGCAGAAAAGAGUGAAACUUUUAACUGCUUAGCACAUUUGCCAGUGAAAUAUACCUGACAGAGCAGAGGUUAUAACUUUGGCUCUAAUUACUUUUAAUAAUGGUAAGGAAAUGUGUUUUGUUUGUUUACAUGCUGUUUACAAUGGCAUAAUUUUUUAAAUAUAUACAAUUGAGAUAUUUAUUGCAUACUAUUUUAAAGAUGUUUUAUGUGUUUUCACCUUUGGAAUAUAUUGUUACAGUUACUUAUACAGAUAAUUUGGGUGGCUUUGUUAAUGUAGCUAGUAAUUUUUAUGACUACUAAGUGACCAGUUUUCCGUGCCUUUUAUUGUGGGAUGCAUGAUUAUGUAUUUAUUGUACGGAAGUCACUGAUGUGUGUAUUUUUGUACUUUGCUGGGAGUAAUGGUUGAUCUCGAUGUACAUGAUGAUGAGAGAUGCCUUUCCCAAAGGGCACUGCCUUGAGAUCGUCCUUCUCAAAAUAAAAAGAAUGCAUUUGGA